CUCCAACAAUUGUGCGGAAUCUUGAAGCGCCGAAAGACGGAAUAACCGCAUGCAGUAUUACCUUGAUUUGGAAAGAACCUGAAAUACCACAUGGUAUUAUAAGGCACUAUAUCAUAAGAUAUACACGUGCACAAAAAACAAAGAAUGAAGAAAAAAUCGAAUUAACAACUACCACUAACCUGACCCUAGAAAAUCUUCGUUUUAGUUCUACAUAUGACAUCAAUGUUGCAGCUGUAACUGUUAGUGAGGGGCAGGGCUCAUCAGUUACAGUAACAACUUUAUCAAAACCGCCUCCUUCACCCGUUAGUAAUGUUGGUGCAAUCGUAGGGGGAACGGUAGGUGGCCUGCUGUUUUUCCUGAUAUUGGUCAGCAUCACUGUUGUGCUGCUAAAAAGAAAUAAAAGAAACUUGGCAAAACGAGAAACUCCUUCGGACACGUAUACUGGAUAUUUGGAACCAGUCCGAACAGGGGAAACUGGACAGAACCCAGUGUACAAUGAGAUUGAACUGCAGCCUCCUCAGCCGCAUGUGUAUGACAGCAUUCUUGAUGCACCUGUACACAUAGACAAUGACUACGUUAAUAUUGGUCCAAAAGCAAAGGAGCAGAUGCCACAAACCAACGGACAACCGAUGCAUUUGGACCAGCCAGAUAGUGUUCAAUAUGAUUACUCAAAUGAAAACCAUAUUUAUGAGAAACUUAAAAGACAUUGAACAAAAUAUAAACGAUUCAAAGAACCGUGUCUGCAUGAAGCAGUUGUCAUGAUAAUGCGAACUUAUAUGCAAUACCAGAAAAUAUCAAGGUAUCCACAAAA